AUGGAUGGGGUUAGAGUAGGGAGAGGGGGACGAGGGCUUCAGCAGGGGCCUGGUGUGCCAGGAUCUUUUCCCGGGGAGAUGAGCAGCGGUGGUGCUGCCAGUGAUGGCACUAGCGCCAGUGCUGCUGGUACCGUUGGUCCUGCAAGUAACAGCAGUGGGAACAGCAGUGGUGUUGGCAUCAGUGGCACUGGUAACACCACAGUCUCCCCCAGCAUCGUCCCUCCUAGCAGUGGUGACGGUGCUACCUCUGGUCCUACCAGUAACAGCAGUGGGAACAGCAGUGGUGGCAGCAUCAGUGGCACCGGUAACACCACAGUCCCCCUCGGCAUCAUCCCUCCAGGCAGUGAAAAUGGAAGUGCUGCUGGUAACCCCACUGCUGCUGGUAACCCCACUGGAGCUGGUAACUUCACUGGGGCUGCUGGCAAUGGCACGGAGGGGGGUGCAGUGCGGUACUUCACGGUGGGGCAGGAGGCGUUCGUGUGGGGGUCUCCUCUCGUCACCUUCUUCCGCCAGCAGGCCACCCGUGCUGCCCUCAACGCCUUCUCCUACGCCAACACCACCGCUGUCGUCGGCACCACCACAGUGGCUCUCCCCAAUGUGGACACGGUGUAUGGAGGAGCCUUCCUCUCCUCCAUCCACCUUUCGCUUCUUUUUUGCAUCACUCUCAUCGUCUCUCCCCCCCUGCCACCCCACCCCACCCAGACGUGGCGCUCCCCAAUGUGGACACGGUACGUGGCACUCCCCAAUGUGGACACGGUGUAUGGAGGGGCCUUCCUCUACCUGCGAGACCAGCCCAUGGUGUUCCAAACCCCCGACAUGGGCCAAGGCCGCUACUACAGCAUCGGGUUCUUCCAAACCUAUGGCCCGGCUUAUAGUGUGAACGGCAGCCGAGCCAACGGGCCAGGCCCCAACACGUUCACUCUAGUCGGGCCCAACUGGGCCGGAGAGCUGCCUGGUGACCUUGCACCUACCGUCAUACGGUCCCCUACGAACGACGCGCUCCUGCUGAUGCGAGUGGUCGUGUCAGAAAACGUGUCCAACGACAUUGCUACAGUGCUCGACCUCUACAGUCAAGUCUCGCUACAGUCACUCUCAGAGGCACUAGGCGGGUCUGCAGUUCCGCCCCUCCCCAAUCCGCCCCUCCCCAGCUCCAACCUUUCCGAGGCUCUCCAGCGCAUGACUCUCAUUGGCGAGGGCCUUCAGCGGGACCCGCCCUUCAACAACAGCGCCAACAACCGCGUCGUGCGCAUGCUCGCCUCUAUCAACGUCACCCAGCAGUAUGGAUUCGACCCCUACAGCGUGACACAGCAGCAGGCAGCAGCGCUGGAGGCAGCGAGGCAGACAACCGACACACUCAUUACAGCAGCGAAUGUGGUCAUUCAGAUCAACGAAUCUCUCAUUCAAAGUGACAACUUCUGGGCAUCGUCUCGCUCCCUCCUCGACCAUGACUUCAACACGGAGUUUCUCUACCGAGCCACGCUCACAGCCCCGGGCGGCAUUGGCGGGCUGCCGCCCACAGAAGUGGUUUACUUCCUCACCUUCCUCGCUGUGGUCACCCCAUCUGUGGCAGCCCAACAACCUUCUGCUACAAAUGCAACCAACACCACCACUCCUCCCACCAUCCCAUCUACCUUUUCUCCCAACGCCACAGCCUCUCCCAACGCUACAGCACCUCCCAACGCCACCACUCCUCCCGGCAUUCCUAUGAAUCCCCCCUCCCCACCGAGCAACAUCACAGCAGCACGCAACGUCACAGCUCCUCCCAUUAACCCCAUCGACCCUCCAGACAGUACCACAGUCCGCAGCAACAGCACUCUGAGCAACAUCCGCGCUGAAAACACCACCACCACAGCUAGCAGCAACACCACAGCUAGCAGCAAUGCUACUGGAACCGAGUCUCCUCCCCAGCCUCCCAGUCUCGCUUCCCCAGCUGCAAACUACUCAACCACCUUGCAACCUCAGCCGCCCUCCAUCUUCCCCUCCUCCAUGCCCUCCCUUCGUCCCCUCCGCCCAUUCACCCCUCUCCAAGGCUCCCGUUGCUUCCGCCUGCGCCUCACCCCUCCCCCGGUCGACUCCUUCUGGUCUGUCACCAUCUAUAACGCUUCUACUCUCAAUCUCCUGGAGGGGGUCAGCAAAUUUGGCGUGGGCGACCGUACUCCGGGCCUGAUUUACAAUCCGGAUGGCACUCUCACCAUCUACAUUCAAUCCACUUCGCCCGGCCAAUCGCUUGAAGCCAACUGGAUCCCUACUGUUAACUCG